AUGUCGCAGUUUCUAUCAACACACGAACGCUACACAAUUGCCAUUCUCUUUUUCAUAAACAUAGUCAACUAUAUGGACCGUUAUACCGUUGCAAGUAUCCUUGGAGAUCUUCAAGAUGAAUUCAAUGUUGGUGAUGAUUACAGUGGCCUAUUACAAACUGCCUUCAUUCUAUCUUAUACAAUAUGUGCUCCAAUAUUUGGAUAUUUGGGAGAUCGUUUCUCUCGAAGAAAAAUCAUGGUUUUAAGCUUACUCUUCUGGACUGUAGCAACAAUUUUAGGCUCAUUUACACGAACUUAUGGAUGGUUUUUUGUUUUAAGAACAUUUGUUGGAAUGGGAGAAUCUUCAUUUAGUACUCUAGCUCCGACAAUAAUCUACGACGUGACUUAUAAAGAAAUUCGUAAGGAUGUUUUGGCUCUGUUCUAUAUAGCCAUUCCUAUUGGUUCCGGUCUUGGAUUUGUUGCGGGAGCCAAAUUCGCCCGAAUUGGUGGCCAUUGGUGUUGGGCCUUAAGAGUUACUCCAAUCUUAGGAGUGAUUGGGAGUGUGUUAUUGUGCUUGAUCAAAGAUCCUGUCAGAGGAGAGCGAGAACUUCUAGAAAUGGGAAAACCUUUGGUUGCGAAGAAAAUAAGCUUUAAAGACGAGCUUAAAAGCUUGGUGAAAAACCGCUCGUAUCUUUUGUCAACUUUUGGAUUCACAUCUGUUGCAUUUGUAACCGGAGCAAUGGCAUGGUGGGGCCCAAUAUACCUUCAUUCGGGAUUUCGCUUGAUUCCUGGCGAAAAUGACAUAAAGCUCGAAGAAGUUGCUCUAAGCUUUGGUGCUAUUGCAGUCUGCUCCGGACUUAUUGGUGUCCCACUCGGCGCCUUUAUUUCCCGAAAGCUCAUACGCAAAUACCCAGCAAUCGAUCCAAUCAUCUGUGGCGUUGGACUUAUUAUCAGUGACCCACUUAUCGUUCAAGCACUUUUUGCCGCCAAAAAGUCAAUUAUAGUCACGUAUUCAUGUGUUUUCCUGGGCGAAGUAUUUAUGAACGUCACAUGGACAGUUGUUGCUGAUAUUUUACUUUCGGUGGUAGUUCCCGAAUCCCGUUCCACAGCUGAAGCCUUUCAAAUUGCAAUCAGUCAUGCCUUCGGCGAUGCAGGAAGUCCAUACCUCGUAGGACUCCUGUCCGAACAGCUAAAGAAAAAAUGGACUGAGAAUCAACCAUCGUCGCCUGUCAACAUGAACAUAAAACUCGUUCAACAAUUCGAUGCCAUGAGAUAUGCCCUCAUGUCUAUAGUUUUCAUGCAACUUCUAGGAGGGAUGCUGUUUGUAGCGAAUGCAUUUUACAUUGUGGCCGACAGGGAGCUGGUUAUUCAGGCGAUAGCAAGUACUAGUCCUAGUCAACAAAUGGUGCCGGCUGUGGAGCGAGCGUAA